AUGGAUUCUUUUUUGAUAUCUCACGCCAAGAUUAUUAUUUCUCUAUGUUGUAAUUCUACACGUAAGGUUCAUGUUCGGGCUGCUACUCGAUUAAGGAAUUUAUGUUGCUUGCAUGGCGGUGUAUACAUCAAGGCUGGACAACAUAUUGGCGCUCUCGACUAUCUCUUACCAGAUGAGUACGUACAAACCAUGAAGGUUUUACACGAUGAUGCCCCUAAAAGCAAGCUAGCUGACGUCUUGAAGGUGAUUGAAGAAGAUUUUGGAAAACCUGCCCAUGAAAUCUUUCAAUACAUUGAGGACAAACCUAUAGGCGCCGCUUCGCUUGCUCAGGUUCAUCGUUGCAUAUUGCAUGAUGGCACAACUGUUGCUGUGAAGGUACAACAUCGAAAUGUUAAGGCCUAUUCUGAUACUGAUGUCAGAUGUAUGGAGUUUCUAUGCAAUGUCGCCGCUCGUUUAUUUCCUGAAUUUAAAUUUGACUGGCUAAUUGAAGAAACUAAGAAAAAUUUACCGAAAGAAUUAGAUUUCAUACAGGAGGGUCACAAUGCGGAUAAUGUUGCUAAGAUGUUCAAACAUUUUAGUUUCUUAAAGAUUCCUAAGAUUUAUUGGAACUGGUCAACCGAUCGUGUGUUAACGAUGGAACUCUGUUUUGGCGACAGAAUUGACAAUCUAGAAUACCUCCAAAAUUCUAAGAUAAAUGUUGAUGAGGUUUCGCAAAUGCUCGGAAAACUUUAUAGCGAAAUGAUUUUCGUUAAAGGUUAUAUUCACUGCGACCCUCACCCUGGAAAUUUACUUGUUUGUAAGAAUGAUACUACAAACAAAACGGAGAUCGUUUUACUGGAUCAUGGGUUGUAUCAGAAACUGACCGAUGACUUUAGGAUUUCCUAUUGUCGACUUUGGCAAUCGCUCAUUGAAGCUGAUUUAGAUGCGGUUAAGAAAUACUGUGCCGAAUUACGUGCUGGUGAAAUGUAUCCGUUGUUGGCAUGCAUAAUUUCUGGUAGAUCAUGGAACAGUAUCAAGAGUGGUAUUUCUAAUAAGCCAAUCGAUAAAGCCGAAAUGGAUGAAAUAGCUGGUACUGCUUCACAGCUCCUACCUGGCAUUACAGAGUUACUGCAACGAAUACCAAGGCAGAUGCUCCUAAUUCUUAAAACGAAUGAUCUACUGAAGGGUAUAGAAUCUACUUUAAAGUCCAAAAAUAAUAAGCAGUCGUUGAUUACAAUGUCAAAAAGUUGUAUCCGUGCUAUAGCUAAUUAUGAUCUGAAAAAUUCCUCAAGUGUUAUGAGCAAAAUUAAAAUUUGGAUUAAUUUUAUUAUAUUAAGAUUAAAACUGCAACUCUAUGGCAUUUCAGAUAAAGCGAAUUGCAAUCUUUCAUAA